GGCAGCAUGGUGGUUGGUCCAGAAACACAACAUGUUUUUUUUUCCGAUAAAAUAAAUGUCAGACUUUUCUAACUACUUUUCAUUGGAAAUGCAAAUAAAGCGUUUUCAUCAAAAGCAAAUCAAUUUUGCAUAGGAAACCACAGAAUCCUAGUAAUUACUACACGUGCUUAAUAACAUCACUUUAGUUUUGAGACGACUUUGCUGUGGCUUUGAAGCGGGCACCAGGCUCACGACCGGGAGGCAGCCAUUCCAAAUCGAAUGCAAUCAACCUUCAACCGAUAGAAAAACGCCUAAACGGGCGCCCGGUGUGAUUAAUCGAACCUCGUCACUGGGAACUAAUGCCGCCUUCAAAACAACAGGAAACUCGGAAAUAUCCGACUUUAGUAGUCUAAGACAACGGGGAACUCUGAAAAAACUAGCUCUGCCUGGGAAAGUCGUUUUGAACGGUCAACUCAGAAGUCAAAGUCCAUAACUUGGCCAUCUUUCUUUUGCGCCGACUUUUCGACCUGAAGAUCACUGACGUCAUGAUUUGACCUAGAUUUAGUCUGUGUUCCCAGUUGUCUUGAAAGCACCAUUAGAGCUUAAAUUUUGAAUGGCAUACUUAUUUAUAUUUUAUGCGGACUGGGGAUGAGGAAAGUGUCAAUAACAUAUUCGCAUGUGGAUAUUUGUAAUAAACUACAUGACCAAAAGUGUGUGGACACCUGCUCGUGGAACAUCUCAUUCCAAAAUCAUGGGCAUUAAUAUGGAAUUGGUCCCCCCUUUGCUGCCAUUACAGCAUCCACUCUUAUGGGAAGGCAUUCCAGUAGAUGUUGGAACAACGCUGCAGGGCCUUGCUUCCAUUCAGCCACAAGAGCUGGGCUCUGCAUGCCAGUCAAGUUCUUCCACACCGAUCUCAAAAAAUCAUGUAUGUGUGGACCUCGCUUUGUGCAUGGGGGCAUUGUCAUGCUGAAACAGGAAAGGGUCUUCCCAAACAGUUGCCACAAGUUGGAAGCACAGAAUCGUCUGGACUUCAAUAUAAUUGUAUGCUGUAACAUUAAGAUUUCCCUUCACUGGAACUAAGGGGCCUGGACCGAACCAAGAAAAACAGCCCCAGAUGUCCUGUUUCCAUCACAGCUGUCGUGAUAUUUUUUGUAUAUGGUAUGCUUAAUCGAAUAAAAAUUGUGGAUGAAACGUGGUUAGUGACACUUCUCUGAGAGGCUUUUAUUUCGAAACUUCAAAAAUCCGUGACCCGGAAGGACUUUUUUUGUGUGUUGCUGACGAGUCGCUGGUCCAUGUGUUGUGGUAGCUGACAUCAAAGCUAACGUUAACCUAUGUUUAGAUCAAAAUGAGUUCUCAAAAGGGCAACGCAUCGCGGUCGCGAGGACAAAAGCACCAAAACACGACUGCUUACAAGAACGACAAAUAUGGAGCAAGUGUUCAAGUAAAGAUAGCAAACUCGAAGGUCCACGACGGGUUAUGUCAACGCUGCAAGGAAGUUAUUGAGUGGAAAGUCAAAUACAACAAAUACAAAUCCCUUUCCCAACCUCGAACAUGUGUGAAAUGUUCUCAGAAGUCGGUGAAGGAUGCAUAUCACGUCAUUUGUAAAACCUGUGCCCUGAAGCUGGAGCUUUGUGCCAAGUGUGGGAAGAAAGAGGACAUCGUAAUUCCGGUUAACAUACAGAAGCAGGGAGAGGAAGAGGAGGAAUACACCAAUCAAAAGAUGACCGGACGUACUCGGAGGAAGGAGGACUUCAAUGAGCUUGAUGAUGACUUUGGUGACUUGGGCAGUGAUGAUGACUUUGCCAGUGACUCGGGUCCUGAGAAGGCAGGAAGCGGCAAGGCCCUUGUCCCGAAUGUGGCACAUGUUACUUUCAAAGACUAAAGACUGCUAAACCAGGAUGAUCCUAAAUGUACCUCCUAUCCAUUUUAUUAAUAUACUUAUCCUCUGAUUAUACAUACUUUUGCUAAGAAGACUCAUCACUAGAUUUAUUCACUCUAAAAUACAAUAGCCAACUUGUGUUGGGACAUUAAAUGGACAAACCCCACUUUCAAUGAACUGUUUUGUAGUAAAUCCUAUGAGAGCAAUUAUUGUCAUGCUUUGAUGGGUUUAAGGAAGUAUUAUCUUGUUUUGUUUGUGAAAGAAUAUUCACAAGCAAUACUGGAUUGAAGUCAUUAUUGUGCCCCGCCGGCUGUUUUUUUAAAAACUUUUUCAGAUACAGAAAUACACACGUAUGUACACAUAUGCCAAAAGAUACAUUUUGAGAAAAUAGUGAUUAUUUUUAUUUAUUCUGACAAUGUAUUUUGAGUAAUAUGCAUUAUUUCAGCUGAAUGCUUUCCUCUGUAGGCCAUAGUGGAACAUCUUCUCUCGGAUUUCUCCCUUUUUAGAGCUACAAGUGGACCAUAGUCUUUAUGGUGAGUCACACUAACUCGUUACCACACUAUUAACAUAAUUAAUUGAUGAUCUCAGUGGGUUUUAUUUAGUGCCUUUGGUAAUGACCACAUGCCAGUUUUGUUCUGCUUAUUCAAACACAUGCUCUAAAGUCCAAUGACCUUAGUGCUCCUCCUGACUUAAAGGAAUAGUUUACCCAAAUAACAAAACAAAAUGUGUUUCCUUACCUUGAAAGCGUAGUCUGUCCUCAUGCAUAGUUUGCUUAAAGAUACUACAAUGAUUAGUCUGCAGAUGCUGCCUCAAAUGUCCAGAGUGCACGCUUUGCUACUUUCGAAAAAUGUCUUAAUUAUUUAGAUGCAGAUAUCAAAAGUAUGCCAAACAUAUAGGGCUCCCGAGUGGAGCAGCGGUCUAAGGCUCUGAAUCUCAGUGCUAGAGGCAUCACUACAGACCCUGGUUCGAUUCCAGGCUUUGUCAAACCCAGCCGUGAUUGGGAGUCCUUUAAGGUGGCGCACAAUUGGCCCAGCAUCAUCCGGGUUAGGGCUUGGCUGGGGUAGGCCGUCAUUCUAAAUAAGAAUUUGCUCUUAACUGACUUGCCAAGUUAAAUUGAAUAAAAAAUAUACCUUUUUUUCUAUUAAUUGAAUUUUAAGAAGAUCCUAAACAUAAUAAACUUUGGACCAAACUCGCAUGGAAUGCCCCGUAAGAUUAAGACAAGUGUAUUAAUCAUAUUUCCUUUCUGCGUCUUUCUAUCAACUGGAACGUCUGUGGUUUAGGGCUGAAGCUGCGCCUGUUUGAAAUUGUCUGGAUUACGACAUAGAAGUUGCUUAAUACAAUUGUCUUCUGGUUUAUUUCAUUUGAAGACGUUAGCUAAUUUACUUGGCCUAUUGGGACAUUAUAUAAAGCACUAUUAAUCAUUAGUAUCCUAACAAUCUCGUGAUAGUUUUAACCAUAUUUUGAAGCAAUACAUUAGGCCUAUUUUAAAAUUUAAAAAUAUUUUUUUACAAACAUGAGUAAAACAACGUUAGAUUUUAGGUUAUGAUGUGGCUAGCCAUAUGAACUUGUGAUAUCCUUCUGAAACUAAGUGGCUACCAUUGUGGUGUUUUUCAAAUUAAGGAGUAGGCCUUUAAUAAAAUGUUUUACCAUUUUUCAA